AUGGGAAUACCUGUACCUAUACCAGGACCAAUAGGAAUUCCUGUACCUAUACCAGGACCAAUAGGAAUUCCUGUAUCUAUACCAGGACCAAUAGGAGUACCUGUACCUAUACCAGGACAAAUAGGACUACCUGUACCUAUACCAGGACAAAUAGGAAUACCUGUACCUAUACCAGGACCAAUAGGAAUACCUGUAUCUAUACCAGGACCAUGGGAAUACCUGUACCUAUACCAGGACCAUGGGAAUACCUGUACCUAUACCAGGACCAAUAGGAAUUCCUGUACCUAUACCAGGACCAAUAGGAAUACCUGUACCUAUACCAGGACCAUGGGACUACCUGUACAUAUACCAGGACCAAUAGGAAUACCUGUACCUAUACCAGGACCAAUAGGAAUUCCUGUAUCUAUACCAGGACCAAUAGGAGUACCUGUACCUAUACCAGGACCAAUAGGAAUACCUGUACCUAUACAAGGACCAAUAGGAAUUCCUGUACUUAUACCAGGACCAAUAGGAGUACCUGUACCUAUACCAGGACCAAUAGGAAUUCCUGUACCUAUACCAGGACCAUUGGAAUACCUGUACCUAUACCAGGACCAUGGGACUACCUGUACCUAUACCAGGACCAAUAGGAAUACCUUUACCUAUACCAGGACCAUGGGACUACCUGUACCUAUACCAGGACCAUGGGAAUACCUGUACCUAUACCAGGACCAAUAG